CCUUCUCCUUCACUUCUUUCGAUGCCAUCUUUCUCCCCUUCUCCCGUUCUCCACUCACAACUCAAUCACAUCUACACAUUCAUCUUACACAUCUCCUCAAAUUCAAAAUAUUUAUUCACUUAUAUAUCUAUAUUCACCUCUAAAAUCAUUACGUAAAUAAAUCAAUUCUUAGCAAAAGGGUAUUUCUGGAAGUUCGGUGAGAAUAAUCUAGCAGAACGUCACAUAGAUUUGAGAGCCCACCCUCUCUUUUAAAAGACCGUAUGUAGAGCUCUAUCAGCAUAUAGUUCAUUGCAUACCAAAACAAAGCGUAAGAAAAAGGAGAAAACCAAAGCAAAACAAUCACUUUAUAGAGGAAAAAGGGAGCACCAAAUGGUUUCUAAAGAGCAAAAGAGAGCAGCACUGCAUGAGAAGCUGCAACUUCUUCGUUCUCUUACUAACUCUCAUGCACUAAACAAAACCUCGAUCAUAAUAGAUGCGUCAAAGUAUAUCCAGGAAUUAAAGCAAAAGGUGGAAGAACUGAAUCAAGACUUAGCCAAUGCACAAACUUCAACUGGCCAAAAUACUUUGCCUAUGGUAUUUAACAGCUUUCACAUAUAUGUUACAGUAGAAACCACGGAGAAGGGCUUUGUUAUUAAUGUUUUUUCAGCAAAGAGUUGUCCUGGUCUGUUUGUUUCCAUAUUGGAGUCAUUUGAAGAGAUGAGUCUGAAUGUGCUUGAAGCUAGGGCUACUUGUACAGACACUUUUCGAUUUCAUGCUGUUGGAGGAAAAAACGAAGAAGAAGGUAAGAAUAUUGAUGCACGAGCUGUGAAACAGGCAAUGGGACAAGCAAUAAAGAAUUGGAGCCAAAAUGCUGACCAAAAGUAAUAAAAUGUCAGCUUUUACAUUUAUGUUAUUUAUAUCUUCUGUGUGCAUUUUCUUCAUUUAGUUUAAGCAUGUUCUUCCAUUAGACCUAACUUGAAGUUUUAUUGGUCAAGAGAAAUCAAUCGAGCUUCUAUAUAUGAUGCAUAUUUGUAGAAGAUUCUUUGAAAUAUCUAAAUUUUUACAUGUUUA